UCUCCGUCGAAUAUCUUCUCUUCUCAAGCAAAUUACACGCUACCGUUUGGCUUCCUCUUUUCUCUAUCCCCUCUUUUUCAACAACGGAGCUCAAAUCUUGUUCGUCUUCGCGGUGUCUUGGCUUUCAGAUUGCAUGUUCCACUGUUGUGCGUGACGUAACAAAAAUUUUUCAGUGAAGAAUCAAUGAAACCUUGGUUAGUAUGUCUGGAUUAAUUGAAGGUCUUCCAGAUGCUGUUGCGCUUAGGUGCCUAGCACGGGUUCCCUUCUCCCUAUAUCCUAAGUUGGAGCUUGUUUCUCAUUCCUGGAGAGCUGCUGUUCGUAGUCCUGAGCUGUUUAAAGCUCGACAAGAGGUUGGCUCAGCAGAGGAACUUCUUUGCGUGUGUGCCUUUGAUCCAGAGAAUUUAUGGCAGAUGUAUGAUCCUCUCCGUGAGCUUUGGAUAACUCUUUCUGUCCUUCCCUCGAAGGUCAGGCAUCUUGCCCACUUUGGUGUGGUCUCAACUGGUGGAAAGCUUUUUGUGCUUGGUGGUGGGAGUGAUGAUGUGGACCCAUCCACUGGUGAUCAAGAUGGGAGUUUUGCGACUGAUGAAGUCUGGUCAUAUGACCCUAUAAUUCGUCGGUGGGCUCAAUGUGCAUCUAUGAUCUUACCUCGUGCCAUGUUUGCAUGCUGCGUUUUGAAGGGAAAGAUCAUAGUUGCUGGUGGUUUCACCAGCUGCAGAAAAUCUAUAUCUCAAGCAGAAAUGUAUGAUCCUGAAAAGGAUGUCUGGAUUCCAAUACCUGAUCUCCACCGCACUCACAAUUCAGCAUGCACAGGAUUAAUUAUGGGAGGAAAGGUACAUGUCUUGCACAAGGGAUUAUCUACAGUGCAAGUCUUGGACAAUGUGGCAUCUGGUUGGACAGUCGAGGAUUAUGGUUGGCUCCAGGGUCCAAUGGCAGUUGUUCAGGGAGCCCUCUACGUGAUGAGCCAUGGACUUAUUUUCAAGCAGGAAAAAGAAGUGAGAAAGGUGGUGAUUUCCGCUUCUGAGUUCCGUAGGAGAAUCGGGUUUGCAAUGACAGGACUUAGAGAUGAAAUUUUCGUGAUUGGAGGGGUGAUUGGCCCUGAUCGGUUUAAUUGGGAUAUCAAACCAAUGUCUGAUGUUGAUAUCUUGACGUUUGGAGGUGAUAGACCUACAUGGCGUCAGGCGGCUCCAAUGACAAAGUGCCGAGGAACAAUUUUUGGUUGUACGCAGCUAAGAAUUUAGAUCUCCACUUCUUUUUUUUUUUUUUUCUUUUUUAAUAGUUUGUUGGUUUUAUUGUGAAAAGUGUACUCUUGUUGAGGCAUUGAAUUCCUCCUAUUGGAGACGAGAAAUGAUCUUUUCUUUUAUUCGCUA